AUGUGCGACUGGCCCGACUCGGGCGGGGACGAUCAGAAAAGGUCGUUCUGCGGUUUCAGCGUCUUCCGCCACAUGCCGUCCGCCGAGGAGUCUCAGAAGCUACUCGAUGAUCAGGGGGUGGGCAGGAGCACGGAUGUGGAGCACGCGAGCGUGUCAGGUGGGUGGUCGAAUCAAAUAACUGGGUGCGACGCACCUCUCUCGCCGCCAGCAGCACAGCGAGUGGCAGCGCAGCCAAGGCGGCGCACACAGCCCCAGUCUCCGUCACUCUCCCCCCCUUCUUCACCAGCAGCCAAGACCACUCCGAAAUCCCUGCACUUUCAGCCGCUCACUCUCGUCUACAUCUCUGAUUCAGCGCUGCCAUCACCCCACCGCCCUCCUGUUGCCCCUGCCUCUGCACGCCCUCCCUCCUGUUCUGCUGUCGCUGCUCUUUCUCUCGCUGCUGUGUCUGUUGGCCCUGACUCCAUUAACACUCGCGCCUCGCCUUGCCUGCUGCCAUCGCCCACUUGUGGUAACAGCAACGCCGGCUCCUCUUCACGGGUCCCUGAUGGCCCCCAAGCCACAGCACCUCUUUCCGUGGCACCUCUCAUUGUGCCGAACCAACUCCCUCAGCUCCUCUCCGCACCCCUCGAACCAACCCCCUCGGCACCCCCCGCAUUCGCCCUUCCCCCCUCAGCACCAUCCCCCUCAGCAGCCUCCCCCUCCGCACCCUCCCCCUCUGCACCCUCCCCCUCGGCACCAUCCCCCUCCGCACCAUCCCCCUCCGCACCAUCCCCCUCCGCACCAUCCCCCUCCGCACCAUCCCCCUCCGCACCAUCCCCCUCAGCAUUCCCUGGGGAUCGGCAGGGGAUCGUGUCCUUUGUGCCGAAUGCGAGUGCGCAUGGAGUGGCUGGUGGAGAGGGGCUGCGUCUGUCACGUGAGGAUGUGAGGGAGCUGAAUGAGAAGCUGAUGAGAAUGGGUGUUGGCGGGCGGCACUUGGAUGCCAUUGUGGAUGAAUUUGGAUGGACUCUGCUGCACGUUGCUGCUCGAGGAGGAGAUAUACAUGUGGUGCAGGCGCUAUUGGGGCUGGGCAUUCCGGCUGGAGUGCGAGCAGGCAACCUCACCACGCCCAUGCAUCAAGCAGCGGGGAGGGGCCACGUGGCGUGCAUGGAGCUGCUGCUACAUCACGGUGCCGACAUCCGUGCCGAGACUAAGGGAGGCUGGACCCCGCUGCACAACGCAGCCAGCAAUGGCAAGUGGUGCGCAGUGGAGUGGCUGGGGCAGCAGAGAAUCGAACCUGAGGAGGUGGAGACCAACCCUUCGCCGCACCUGCUGCCUGACCAUCUCCUGAGGAGGGCGCGGCACAUGUUGAGCCAGGAGCGGAGUAGAAGAUUCAUGGAGGAGGUGAUUAAUUAG